AAACCGAGUAUCUUACUACAAACGAAUCAUACCCCCACUAGGUGAACUUAGAUAUGUGUUUACGUAUAUUCUAAACCACGGGCGUAUGGCACCAAUAGCGAUAACUUCUUUCCUGGUGUAGGAGGUCGUACCUGACGCGAAACAGGAAACGCAAUCGCCAUGAACUUGAGUGCGUACUCACGCACAGUCUACAGCAAGCGCACAUACGCUCCUCUCAUACACCUGUUCUGCGGAAAAGCUAUAUAAGUUGAAAGAUCCCCCUCGUUGAACAUGAAAACCUCACUUCAUCAUCAACCGCUAUUACCUCUCCACUUCCAAAAAUAACCGACCACUAUUACCUCUCUCUAAUUACAACAUGUUUAGCUCAAGAAUUAUGUUCUUUUUCAUAAUCUUCGCGGUGUUGCUUGCUUGCCUCCAGGGAGCGGAGGCAUACUGGCGAAUGUCAUGCUCCCUAAUCCAGACCGGCCGUCUGGACCCCAUCGUUUCCCCGGGCGUGGCUUCGGCCCACGUUCACAAAGUCUCCGGUGCCAGCAAUUUCGGUCUCGUUAACACAUACGACGACCUUAUAAGUUCCGAGUGUACGUCGUGCGAAAUCCAGGACGACAAGUCGAUCUACUGGAACCCACGGGGUUCGGCUUCCACGGAGACUUCAUGAACGGCUGGGACGCGGAGGUUCUCGCCGCCGCGCUGAAGUCGAAGGAGUGCGUUGGCGACGACUCGUCCGACGGUGUGAUCUCCAAGUACCCGCCGCUAGCCAAGUCUCAGAUCCCCGAUUACGCCGCCAAAUGCCCGGAGCGCAGUGCCAUCACCGCCGAGAAAAUGAAGGGUACGAUCGACGGUCUCCCUGGCUGCAACGUCGUUACGCCGGGUCCCGAGAGAGCAGAGCCACCGGUCUGCCCGGAACACGCCUUCCGGUACCGCCAAUGGUAAAAUGUAGCGAUGGGACAGAAGGACUGGCUUGUUUGGAAUUUGUAUA